AUGUGUAAUUUCAUUACAUUUGGGGAGCUACAAGAAAGUCAGAAUGAAGAGAACAAUGUGUGGAUGGUUUCAUUGGGAGGUCCAACACCUCUACACCUUGCCGCACAGGCUUGCUCAUUAGAAACAUCAGUCUGUCUACUCUGUUUCAAAGCUGAUUACACGCUUUCUGAAAAAAGAGGCUGGAUGCCGAUUCACUUUGCGUCUUUCUAUGACAACAUUUGCGUCAUUAUUGCUCUCUGUAGGAAGGAUCCUGGUUUGCUAGAAGCUGAGGCAACAGCUGAGAAUCAGUUCACUCCACUGUUACUUGCUGCCACUUCAGGAGCACUGGAUAGUAUUCAGUACCUGUUUUCUGUCAGUGCUAACUGGAGAAAAACAGAUAUUAAAGGAAAUAAUAUAAUCCAUUUUUCAGUGUUAACUUUUCACACAGAGGUUCUCAAAUAUAUAAUAAAGUUAAAUAUUCCUGAACUCCCAGGGUGGAAAACUUUGGUAGAAAUGUUACAGUGUGAAAGCUAUAAAUGAAGGAUGAUGGCUGUCAUGUCCUUGGAAGUAAUUUGCUUAGCAAAUGAUCAAUACUGGAGAUGUAUUUUGGAUGCAGGCACCAUUCCUGCCUUAAUCAAUCUAUUAAAAAGUUCCAAAAUAAAACUGCAGUGCAAAACUGUCGGGUUAUUAAGUAAUAUCUCAACCCACAAAAGUGUAGUGCAUGCUUUGGUGGAAGCAGGAGGCAUUCCAUCUCUAAUCAACCUACUGGUUUGUGAUGAGCCUGAACUAAACUCUCGCUGUGCUGUCAUUCUAUAUGAUAUUGCUCAAUGUAAAAGCAAGAAUGUUAUUGCCAAAUAUAAUGGAAUCCCAAGUCUGAUAAAUCUCUUGAACUUAAUCAUAGAAAGUGUGCUAGUAAAUGUAAUGAACUGUAUACAGGUAUUAUGCAUAGGAAAUGAAAACAAUCAAAGAGCUGUGAGAGAACAUAAUGGCCUCCCAUAUCUUACCAGAUUUCUGAGUUCUGAUUCAGGUGUAGCCCAUACAAGCAAUCCUGUGAGUCAACAAUGUAUUAUAGAUGAAAAUGCCUUUCCAAUACUUAUUCAACUGCUAAGAAAUCACCCUUCUCCUAACAUUAAGGUUGAAGUGGCAUUUUCCUUGGCAUGCAUUGUCCUAGGGAAUGAUGUGUUACAGAAAGACUUACAUGAAAAUGAAGGAUUUGAGUAUGCUGAUGUUUUUCAUCUUCUUCGCUCAACAGAAAAGGAUAUUUGCUUAAGAGCAGGGUACGCAUUAACCCUUUUUGCCUUCAAUAAUCGCUUUCAGCAAUACAUAAUAUUGGAAAGUGGAAUAAUGACCAUAUUUAUUUUUGUACCUUUUCUUGAAUCAACAAUCGAAACUGAGAAGGCAAUGGCAGCAUUUCAGAUUGUCGUAUUGGCUAAAGUCAUUAGAGAUGUGGACCAUAUUACUUUGUCUUCAAGAGAUGUUACUAUUGUAGUUGACAGUCUGUAUUCAGUUCAGACUUCAACUAUUGUCCUGACAGGGAAUUUAAUAGCAAGCCUGAUUCAUUCUAGAGCUGGUAUCUCAGAAGCAUUUACCACAUUUGAAACAAUCAAACAGCUCUUCUAUCAUUUGUUCUCAGGGACAAAAGAGGUUCAUUCAGCUUGUUCCACUGCUCUUGGCUACCUAACAUAUAGUGCAAAUGCUUUCCGCAUCCUAUUAAAGGAAUGCAGGGAUAAACCUAAUCAGUUCAUUUGUAUUAAAAAUAAUAUCAGCAGAGAUGCGAGUAUUAACCCAGCAUUUUUGAAGGAAUUUCAAAUGCAACAAAUGGUGAAACUUCCUCCCAUAAGUCUGGAGAAGAAUGGAGGAUCAUCCAAAAUUCCUAUCUUUAAAAAAGAGCAGAAACUGGCAGGAUCUGACCCCAUCAACCCAGCAGUGUCCCCAGCGCCUGAAGACCAGCACCCACCUGUGACAAGGCACGAGCUGGCUGCUGCUCUGGGUGAUGUGCUCGAUGGACUGCAGUCUGUAGUGAAGCACCCGGGCUCUGGAGAAUCUCAGGCUCCUGAAGCAUGA